AAAGUUGGGGGGGGGAGGGGGAAGGGGGGCUAGGCUAGGAUAGGCCACAGAAAGCGACGAAUUGUGGGCGCGAUCGAGACGGCAAUCGAGCGAUCGGCACUAUGCAAGACUGCUACUACUACUACUACUACUACUACUACUACUACUACUACUACUACUACUACUACUACUACUACUACUACUACUACUACUACUACUACUACUACUACUACUACUACUACUACUACUACUACUACUACUACUACUACUACUACUACUACUACUACUACUACUACUACUACUACUACUACUACUACUACUGUUCGACUUUUGACUCGACUCGACUCGACUCUAUCGGACUCUCUAAACUCGAGAUUUGAUGCGAUGCCUUGCGAUCAAACGAGUCAGCGAUGCGCACA